AUGAGGCCGCUCAUGAACAGAGCAAGGAAGAAGCCCCGUCGAAUGCCACUUGUCUUGAGAUUCAUCAGUGGUUCAAUUCACAGCGACAUCUUGCUGCCAGUGAUUCUUCAUGCCAUAUUCGCGGCAUUGAUUGUUUACGUUGACGAUUUCACACCCUACACGCCACAUCUUCCCGGCAGCAUCACAUCUUCUCUGUCUAUUGUUGUAGGCUUGCUACUUGUGUUCCGUAACCAAAGCUCAUACUCUCGAUUCUGGAGCGGACAGCAAGAACUCACAACCAUUUGCACAAACAUCCGCAACUUGACUCGGUCCUUCUUGACUUGUAAUUACAAUUCGAAAGGCCCGGAGCCAACGCCAGCUGAGCGAGCAGAAACCGAAGCUGCUGUACAUGCUUUACUAGCAAUCAUCUAUGCUGUAAAGAACACGCUUCGAUGGGAGUGGGAGCACAGUAUAGGAGCACCGGAUCUUGAAGACAGCGGCUCUGGAUCUCUGAAGCCGGAGCUGAGAGAACUUCUUGGUCCAACAAUGUCUCAGACCUAUGAGUUUGAGGGUCUCGGCCUUCCAAUCCAACUCACCAUGUCAAUUGAAGCAUACAUCAAGCGCGCUCACGAUCGGGGAUGGUUCCACAGUCCGCAAGCGUCACAGCUGUCUGUACAGCUCAAUACGUUGGUGGCAGCGUUCGGAGCCAUGGAAACGAUUCGCCUGACACCCAUCCCAGUUGCCUAUCUCAUCCACACCAGACAGGUACUGGCUCUUUAUGGAGGCGUGCUGCCAUUCGCUUUCGUUGAAAGUCUGCAGUGGUGGACCAUCGUGAUGGUGUCCCUCAUCACCUUCACCCUGUAUGGUAUUGAAGCUAUUGCGUACCAGUUGGAAGAGCCGUUCGGUUGGGACAAGGCUGACAUCAAGAUGGAUGAUAUCGUUGAGGAUUUGAGGAUAGAGACCGGCGUUCUUUUGAGAGAGUGGAACGCGGAUGCUCAGAUGUUUGGGCACCACUAG